UUUGGCUCCAGUUGGUCUCACAACCACAGACCUGAAAACUGCUGCUGUUGACCAUGGCAACCGGUGUGUACAACUUGAAGGUCCUGAACGAUAAUUGGUUCGAGGAUCGAUGCCAACCAGCAGGUUCUCUUUCUGCAACGACGGGCAUUGACAGGAAGUACGCCAGACCACACGAAUCGGACCUCGCUUACAUCGGCGAGAGGUUUGAUGUCCUUGCACGGAUCAGCCGAUUGCCCAAUCGGCCUUCCUAUGCACUGCCCUUGGACGGCUUUGAUGAGAAGGUGACUACGAACCUGGCAGACUUCAAGGAUCCCAGGAGCCGGAAUGAUUGGGGCAAGGGCAAGGCUGUGGCCCCCACGAUGAUCACCACAGCCAACGCGCCGGUAUGCCCACCUGAGACAAGGGAGCUUCCUGGCCCUCGCAGUGGCUUUGGGGCACAUCUCAAUCGCCAUCCAGACAAUCACGACCAGCGCUUUUUUCACACCACUCAUGGUCACUUCUAUGGCGAGGCCAUCGCUAGGGUGGAGGCCAUCGCUCUUAGGUUGGAGGGCACUCGAAAGAAGGAGAAGCCCGAUGCAGCCUCCAUCCCACACUCUGCUGGCAUCAGCACGGAGAUGGCCGAGGGCCAGGCACAUGGCAUGAAGGUGGGCAUCCUUUGCGGUGAGGCAUACAAUGAUUCGAAGAAUCCGGGCUGCAACACAAAGACCCAGCGCUCUUGGCUGUAUGAGCCGGAUGCUGCCCUUCAGAACAUCCACUAUGGUGGUAAGAAGCCUCCAGUGCCCACGAAAGACUCUGAGUUGUCGAUACCAAUCGGCGAGG